AUGUGCUCGCUGAGGAUGGCCGAAUCAAGGGCCCAGGUUGUGGUCGAUCUCCGUAAGGAGAAUUAUGGACACAUAACGGAUCUCGUAAAGCUGGAGAAGGGCACGAUGGUCGUCGCAUUCAGCGGAAUUCCGGGCAUAAUGGUGAGUCUAGUUUUUUAUUAUUUUACUAUUUUUUUGCGGCGACGUUUAUUGCGCGAAAAUAAAAGCUUACUUAAUUUCCCCUAAUUUCUGGCACUGCAAUGUUUUGCUUUUUUCACCGUGCAAAUGGCGUUUUCUGCACAACGCGGAGUUUGCGCGUUCCGAGAUUUUUUGAUUAAAAGUGGUCGAAAAAGUUUAAUUUUUUGUUAGUUUUGGCCUAGAAAUUUUAAGCUGCGUUGCUAUUGCAGUGUACAAUUUUUACACAAAAACAAAAACUUUCCAUGCGGAAAGGAAAAAGUUAUGAACAGAAUCCGUUUUCCGUCUGACCGAUUCUCCGCAUUUCGCGUGCUCUCUCGCAAAAACGUUUGGCGAAUAUCUCAGCUGCGACUGGAAAGCGCGAGCUAAGACUUUUGGGGAUGGUUUUGUGUCUAGUUGAGGACAUGUAUGCAAAAUUGUGGGCAAAUCCGAAAAACAUUUUUUUAUGUGUUGCUUAUUUUAGGCGUCUGACAUUAUCUCGGCUACGGGAAGUCCAGAGCACAUUUCCCCUGUGGAAACAUUGGAGGAGUUUGAUAGGUUAACACCACUAUUUGGACAAAUCAGAAUCAAGGCUCAAAGACGAGAGCAUCUCCUGUUCCCAGUUCCUACCAGAAACUUCAUCAGAACAUUGGAUGAGUCAGAAGCUGAGGCUUACGUAAGUUUUGUUAAAAUUAGUAACCUGUUCUGCCUUGAACUGGUCAAACAGGAAGAAUUUCCGCCGAGCUGCGCCCGGACCUUAAUUUGGCAGAUGCCAAUUCCUAGGGCCAAUGCGCUAUCUGAAAGUUUGCUGAAAAUCAUAGGGCGCAGCUCGGAGAAUUUGCACGGGCGCAGCUCGCGUUUUGGGUGCAGCUCGAAAACAAGCCGAAACUUAACUCCGGCGAGCUGCGAAACGUUGUUUUCCGAGCUGGCCCCGAGAUGCGAGCUGCGCCCGUGCCAGUUUUCCGAGCUGCGCCCUACCAUUUUCAGCUAACUUUCAGCAAACUUUCAGAUAGCGCAUUGGCCCCUACUUGAAAGUCAAUGCUCGGGCGCAGCUGGGGAAAACAUUUGUGUAGUCAAUUUUUUAUUAAUUUUUUUAAAAAUGUGGGUCAGAUGAAAUUUAUUUUUAGUGCGGCGAACUCAAAGAGAAACUGAACAAGUUGGCUCACGAGGUCACAGUCUUGCCACUUCAGGUUGCCUUAGAGAAGAAAGACGCCGCCAUCGCUUUCCUGGUAAACCAGAAGGAAAGAAAUGAGGUAAGCCACAAUUCACCUAGGGAGUCAUUAUAAAUCGUAUGUAGAGCAUGACAAAAAGCAUUGGGACUAUUUUCGGGUGAUUUUAAACAACCGCCUUGACCUUUUUCACGUUCUAGAUCAUUGAAAAAAUAAGAUUAUUUAGUCUUUCCGAAGGGUGAUCUAUCUUCUUAAAAUCAAUAAAUUGGGGUCUUAAAAAAAAUUAUUUUUUUUGACAUGACUAAAUUUUAUUUAUUUCAGGAAAAAUGCCCAUGCGCGCGUCCUUCCGCUUCCACUACUUGA